AAUCUUCCUGCCCGGGGCGCCGCGGGCUCGAGGUCUCCACUUGAAGCGAUUGUUGAUAGUCGACAAUCAUACAGUUACAGACACAGCAAGACGACGAAGAAGGAGAAUAAGAGAGGAUGACUACACUCACGCCGCCGCCGCCGUCGUUGAAGUUUAUCCAGCCGUUCAUUGCGCGAGCGCGCGAGCUCGAGCGAGCUGAUCCUGUGAUUUCAUACUACUGUAAAUACUAUGCGAUCGAGGAAGCGCUUGCGUCGAAGGUGCAUCAGUCUGAUCCCGAGGCCGCGGAGUACGUUACUAAUCUUCUAGAUGUUGUCGAGACCGAAAAAAACGCACUGAGUGAUCGCGACACGAUCAAUGAUGAGAUGGUAGCCCAAGCCUAUGUCGAAAAGUUCGCGAGCAGAGUGUUUGCAAACGCAGAUAAAGACCUCAUCAACAAAACCGCAACAAAAUCAACGGCAACAAACCUCCUCGCGGCAUCCAACUUCCUCGAACUCCUAAAGCUCUUCGGCGACCCGGACCAGACUUUGCUCGACCAGAUAAAGUACUGCAAAUUUCACGCCGUGCGGAUCCAGCGCGCGCUUAAAUUGGGUGAGGAUCCGAAUGUUUAUGAGGAUCCGCGGGCUACGCAGAAACAGGAGCAGGAGAGCGAGGUUGAGCAGCAUGACGAGCAGCAGCAGCAGCAGCAGAUCUCGCCUCAGCAUUCAGCGGCGUCGUCGACGAUCUCAGCGGGUUCACCGCCCCCGCCAUCCGCGCCCGCACGAUCCUUCUCGCCCGUCCCGCCAUCCGCACCUCCAGCCUCGCACUUCUCCCCGUCCGCACCUCCCUCCACCACCACCCCUUCAUCCACCUCCUCCUACAACGUCAGCAGCAGCAGCAGCAGCAGCAAACCCCAAGAAUCAGUCCAGCAAAUCAUGGACGAAGCGCAGCGCUUCACGCUCGCGCAGAAGCACUCCAAAUUUGCGAUCUCGGCGUUGAAUUACGAGGACGUCGGGACGGCGGUUAAAGAGCUUAAGACUGCGUUGCGGUUGUUGGGCGAGAAUGUAUAAGUUUUUCUUUAGUUAGUUUGUAAUAUUAGAAGUAAUAGUCUUGAUUGAGAAACGAC